AACGCAGCCUUUUGUUCAAAACACAUUCGUAUAACUGACAAAUAUUUUCUGAUCGAUUUCCUGACCUUCUAAUUGUAUAAAUCAUUAAUUCCUUCAGGUUAUUGCAAUUUAUCCGAUGAUUCAGGACAUGCGGUAUUACCUCUCCGAGCAUCCUUCCGUUGUAAAUUUUCGAUGGAGUCAUAGCCAAUCAUGGGGCAACACGUGGUCUUUCCUCUUCACUUCCAUCACAACUUAUAUCUUCUUCUCCAUCUUCCUCCACCUCAUACUCCUCGUCCUCUUCCGCCACCGCCGUCCUCUCCCUGUGGGCCCACUCCCCGCCAUACACUCCCUCUCCAUGGCCCUUAUCUCCCUCACUAUAUUUACCGGAAUCCUCCUCUCUGCCACCUCAGAAAUCCGCGAAACUCGCUGGUUAUGGCGGCGUAACAGGACCACCACGUUUCAAUGGCUCCUUUGUUUCCCUCUAGGCACGCGUCCUUCUGGACGUGUGUUCUUUUGGUCUUACAUUUUCUACCUCUCUCGCUUCCUCCAUACUCUACGUACUUUCUUUACUAUACUCAGUCGUCGAAAACUUUCCUUCUUUCAACUUUUCAACCACUCUAUCCUCAUAUUUAUGUCAUUCCUUUGGCUAGAAUUCUCGCAGUCUUUUCAAGUGCUAGCUAUACUAUUUACGACGUUGUUGUAUUCUGUUGUUUACGGGUACAGGUUUUGGACCGCGAUUGGAUUGCCAAGCGCUUGUUUCCCGUUUGUUGUUAGUUGUCAGAUUAUGUUAUUGGGAUGCAAUGUUUUGUGCCACGUUGGGGUGUUGUUGCUUCAUUUUAUGAAAGGUGGUGGGUGUAAUGGAAUUGGGGCAUGGGUUUUCAAUUCUGUGCUCAAUGCUGCUAUACUUUUCUUGUUCCUCAACUUUUAUGUGAAGGUGCACUUGAGGAAUAGAAAGGUCAACGAGCCUGAAGAUUUGGACUCUGUGAAGAACAAGGAUAUUUGAAGUCCAGCCAGUUUGUCUGCUUCUUUUUCUUUACAAAAUUUUGCAUUGAAGUUUUGUCAGUUGGAUUGUAAAUUCUGUUAAAGGAAUCGAGUACUUUACAGUUAUGAGUAUAUGUAUACUACUACGUAAUUGAUACAGAUAUCAGAUUUCGCAGCCAAUGAUUGAAGUUGUUAAACUCA